CGGCAUGUAAGUAAGCACUAGCUAGCACCGCUCAACAUGCUGAAGAUCGUUAUCCUGUUGUCCGCCGUGGUCUGCGCCCUGGGAGGCACCGUUCCCGAGGGACUCCUGCCCCAGCUGGAUGGCCGCAUUGUCGGCGGUUCGGCCACCACCAUCGGCAGCUUCCCCUGGCAGAUCUCCCUGCAGCGCAGUGGCAGCCACUCCUGCGGCGGAUCCGUCUACUCCGCCAACAUCAUCGUGACCGCCGCCCACUGCCUGCAGUCCGUGUCCGCCUCUGUUCUGCAAGUCCGUGCCGGAUCCAGCUACUGGAGCUCCGGCGGCAGCGUGGCGAAGGUGGCCUCCUUCAAGAACCACGAGGGCUACAACGCCAACACCAUGAUCAACGACAUCGCCGUGAUCCGUCUGAGCUCCUCCCUACCCCUCAGCUCCUCCAUCAAGGCCAUCGGUCUGGCCACCUACAACCCGGCCAACGGAGCCGCUGCCGCCGUCUCCGGUUGGGGCACCAAGUCCUCCGGCGCCAGCUCCAUCCCCUCCCAGCUGCAGUACGUGAACGUGAACAUCGUCAGCCAGUCGCGGUGCGCUUCCUCCACCUACGGCUACGGUAGCCAGAUCAAGAACACCAUGAUCUGCGCCGCUGCCAGCGGCAAGGAUGCCUGCCAGGGUGACUCCGGCGGCCCACUAGUCUCCGGUGGAGUCCUUGUCGGUGUGGUCUCCUGGGGAUACGGUUGCGCUUACGCCAACUACCCCGGUGUCUACGCCGAUGUGGCUGUUCUCCGCUCCUGGGUGGUGAGCACAGCCAACAAAAUCUAAGCGGUUAACCCGUUGGUUGGAUAUACAUAUAUCAAAAUCCUUCAAUAAAACUUAUUAAUGCAGGCACUUUA